AUGGCGCUCUCCUGGAGUCUGUUGCUGGCCUUCCUGCUGGCCGUCCUGGCACCGUCGCACGGCGCUGAGCCUGGAGCCCACCACGGCAAGAGGAGGAAGGCCCAGAUCGCGGCGGGCGGCGGCAACGCCCUGCAGUACCCUCCCCAAACUCUGCACGGCCGCUCCUACAGCAGGGACGUGGGCCAGAGGGUCCGCUCGGCCAAAGGCGGAGCCGGGCUCCUCUCUCGCCGGGCCCUGCAUCCCCUGGCGAGGCCCGAGGACGACGGGACCGGCCUGGAGGGCCUGAGCCCGGUCAGGCUGGAGAUGGGCCCCGGCAGGGAGAAGGACAGAGCCCGGACGGGUCUGAAGAGUCCGGCCCAGGGGCGCGAAAACCAGCUGACGGGGUCACCCAAGGGAAGGGGCAACGGGAACGGGAACGGACACGGGCACCACCUGGAGCAGAGGAGACACGGCAGCCGGCGGGAAAAGGGCCGACACAGAAAAGGCUUUUCCUCAGAGCCGGAGCUCAGCUCGGGGUUGAAGGAGAGAGACCAGCUCGGGGACCCCCCCCCCUCCUCGUCCUCAUCCACCACCUCCCCCUCCCGCGGCCUGACCCCACCUAGUGAACCCCCCUCCCCCAUCAUUAGCGUCUUUGGCUCUGGCUCCUCCAUGGUUACCACGGUGACAAACGAGCAUCCCCCAACGCUGCCCCCAGCCUCCACCAAACCCCAGAAGUCUGGACGGGGACAAGGACAGGGGGAGGUGAUGCCAACACUGGACAUGGCGCUCUUUGACUGGACAGACUACGAAGACAUGAAACCUGUGGACGCCUGGCCCUCCAGGAAGAAGGACAAGAGGAGAAUUAAGAACCUCAGCAGUGGAAACGUGACUGCAGAUGCUAUUGAGCCGUGUGACCACCACCUGGACUGCCUGCCAGGUUCCUGUUGUGACCUGAGACAGCACGAGUGUAAACCGCACAACAGAGGGCUUAACAACAAAUGCUAUGAUGACUGCAUGUGCGAGGAAGGGUUUCGAUGUUAUGCUAAAUUUCACCGGAAGCGCCGCGUGACCAGGAGGAGAGGCCGCUGCGUGGUACCGGAGUCGGUCAGCAGCGAUCAAGGAGGCUUCAUCACUAUAUGA